AUGCGCGCUUGUUCAUUAGUUCUUCUGUCCGUCAAUCACGCAGUGCCCUUUCUUGAGUCCUCAUUGGCUGGAGGGCUGAGGGGGCGGGUUUCGCGGUCGGGUGGCCUAGACAUGGCUGACAGGCAAGGUUGGCAGCCGCCGCGGUCCUGCGAGGCCUACCGCGCCGAGUGGAAGCUCUGCCGCAGCGCCAGGCACUUCCUGCACCACUACUACGUCCACGGCGAGCGGCCGCGCUGCGAACAGUGGUGGCGCGACCUGGCCAGCUGCCGCGACUGGGAGGAGCGCCGGAGCCCCGAGGCCCAGCAAUCCCUCUGUGAGAGUGAGCGGGCACGAGUCCAGGCUGCUCAGAAGCACACCCUGGUGUGGGCCCUGAGGGAGCGCCCCCCUGAAGACUGGCACCUCCCUCUGCCACAGGAGAAGGACGAAUGAACAAGAAACAGCCCUGCCCUGUGCAGCUUCCUUAGGUCUUUUUCAGGAGCUGUUGCAGUCCUGAGGACGAUAAUGCGACCAAAUGGCCUACUAGGUCCCUGCGAGCUCUCCCCUGGCUUGCAACAUGCAGCAAGACAUUGCCAGCCCUGCUUGCCCACCUUCACUGCAUGCAGGGUGUCCUGACACUGGUGCUCUGGAAAACAACUGUGGCCACUCCAGAGCUUCCAGGGAGCCACACAUUUUGGCAGGCAUAUCUAAGCAGCAGUCAGGCUGGGCAUGGCAGUACCAGGAGGUGGCAGUCCUGAGGUCCAGGAUCCUCAGACCCUGGAAGGGGAGCCCUGACCUGUGUGGACACAUGGGUGUGUCAGAAUGAGAUAGCUAAAUAGAUGUGUGCUAUGGAUACCUUUCCUCCUCCUGGGGUUGCUGACCUCUGUGUGCUGUGGCCCUCAGAUUCCAAGGCGUGGAGGUCACGCUCUGCUCCGUCCUACUUGCCCAUCCCACUGCAGAUGCAGGCAAGCAGCCAGGGCUCCUGCACUAACGCUCUUCACCUGCAAGGCUCCCACGUGGGAAAUGCACUCUCACACACAGGAAAAAGGAAAAGACAUGCAGAACUUCACACAAAAGGGAUUUGUGGAAUCUUAAGACAUCUAGGACUCUUUCCUCAGAAUUUUCCCUGAUUGUUAAUAUGUCAAAGCCAUUUCACAUGUUUGAUUCCAAUUAGAAGCUGAAAAUAAAGUAACACUUUUGUUAGAUUUCACAUCUAACAGUGUUAUGUUGGGCAGUACUGGAAUUUUGUAUGCCUAUUCUCUUGUACAUGUUUUAAAAAUGUUACAUGUACAUGAACCAUCAAAAAGACUCGUUCUUACAGAGGUCUCCUUGUUACUGAUAAAAUGGUUUGGGUCCUGUUGCUGCAGUCCUACUGUGAGAUGCUCCAGGCUAGCCUGGCUAAGGCCAGCAACCCUUCUUGCUCAGGCAGUAUGUCAAACAUCUUUUAUUAGUAAUUCAUUCUCUGGGCUUGGCCCCUGUAACUCAGUGGCUAGGGCGCCAGCCAUAUACACCAGAGCUGGCGGGUAUGAAUUCAGCCCGGGCCCGCCAAACAACA